CGGAGGCGGACCAGCGAACGCCCAGUGCCGGCGCCCGGCAGCCUGGCGCCCCUCUCUGCGCCCCUGACAUCCUUACCCGGGACGCAGUGACCGUGUUUAAAUCACAAGGGCGUGGGUCAGGCUACCCUAGGACUUCAUGUCUGUUUAUUUCCCCAUUCACUGCCCUGACUAUCUGAGAUCGGCCGAGAUGACUGAAGUGAUGAUGAACACCCCAUCCAUGGAAGAAAUUGGCCUCAACCCCCGAAAAGAUGGCCUUUCCUACCAGAUCUUCCCUGACCCGUCAGACUUUGACCGCUGCUGCAAACUGAAGGACCGUCUGCCGUCCAUCGUGGUGGAGCCCACAGAGGGGGAGGUGGAGAGUGGGGAGCUCCGGUGGCCCCCCGAGGAGUUCUUGGUCCAGGAGGAUGCGCAGGACAACUGUGAAGAGACAGCGAGUGAAAACAAGGAGCAGUAGAGUCCACGCCGGCUCCCUCGGGGUCACACCAGACAGCCUCUGUACCUGAACUGUGUUCUUUCCCACUACCACGGACGGAGAGCGUGUGUGAGCCACUGCAGUUCUGCACACGUCAGAUGAUGGCUUCCGUUCUGCACCUGCAAAUCACUGAGUUGGUUUUCUUUUCUUUUCUUUUCCUUUUUUGAGAUGUUGGGCAGCGGAGCCCUCUGCGACUAUGUG